UCAAGAAAGUUAUGUGUCCCACCACAUCUCGAUUCGAUAAGUAUUUCAAGGAAACUUCAAACAAAGUGAAUAUUCACUAGUUCGACUGUUCCCGCCUUCCACUUGCUAGACCAAACCCUCGUGUUAUAGAUAGCUUCGAGCUUUAUAUAAAUACGGGUCUCCCCCAGACUUUGGAACUUGUUCCUUUAUAUCACAACAUGUACGCGAUGUCUCAACACCAAUAUUCAUAUCCCGCGGCCCCCGCGCCGCGGCAGUAUUCAGCACACGGAACGAGUAGCGCAUUCUCAAGCUCCGCCAACCCUGAUGAGGACUGGACCAAGAUCUCGGAUCUCGCUGAGCGCCGGAGGAUACAGAACCGGAUUGCUCAACGCAACUACCGCAAGAAGUUGAAGAGACGUCUGGAAGACCUCGAGAGGCGCGCAGGAACUUCGGACGACGCGUCCUCCCCCACCGGAAGUGAUAAGCAGUCGCCAUCUAACAACCGGACUACCAAGAAGACGAGCUCUUCCAAGACGCAGAAGUCAACCCCUCAGAAGCCGGUACAACCUCCUCAGUUCACCCCGCCUAUGAACCACGACGAUGAGAUCCUGUUCGGCCACACAUACGACGACAGGGAACGGUCACACUCGCCAUCGUUCAUCGGAUACUCGGCCUAUCCUCCACCGGACGAGAUGACAGUCCUCGCUCCUUACAACGCGGCACAACCGUACCACCACCCGAUAACUACCAGCGAGGGCUACCCCAACUAUAUGGCAUCAGCCGUGCCAUGUACCCUCCCUCCUAUGACACACUUCAACGAUGCCAUCAAGAGGGAAACGUACCCCCCUGAAGAGUCCAUGUCGUAUGUGAGCUACGGCUUCGUGCCUGGGAUGGAUGUCCACGCACAAAAUUCGUACGACCACUCGAACCCUCAUACCCCACCGCUUUCACACUCGUACGACCACUCGGCCAACGGGUCUGAGUCCGGCUACGACUACCCGACUACGCCGCUCUCGAUGCCCGGGUCCCCCGGCCUAGGGCAUCAACAGCAGCAGCAGCCGCACCAACGGUGAUAGGCCGCGAAUAGAAGCGACGAAAAGGAAACAGAGGCCACGGUAGCGAGGGAGAGAACCUGAUGCAAUUGGGCAUGGGUAACUGGCAUCGGACGGACAAAGAGGCAGCAUGGAUUGGAAUCACGCGAUUGGGACGGGUUACGAUUUCAAACCUCGGGAAUGACUGGCGCGAGAUACCACGCACUCGGGACGAAAGGGAUUCGUCUUUUGUUUUUAUUUUUUCAGGUGCAUAUAGUCUAGGUUUUGAGGAAUAUCCGGGCUAAGCGUGGUGUUGUUUAUUAUUACUGUGUUUUGUCUUUUUUAUUAUUGCUUGGGGUAUUCUUUGAGAGAAGGGGACUCUUGUGGGAAUAACCGUUAGAUGAAGCAUUACAGGGCUCUCCCGAGCUAAGAUAGCGAUACAGUGGAGUGAGAUCGACACGAAUCGAUUUCAUUUUCAUGAAUUUCAGGACUUUUCAAAACGUA